CGUCCUCCUAGCCAUAGAGGAGCUCUUCCUCUUCCCUGGGAUCCUCCCCGUCUCCAGCCCUGGGAUCGCUGCUGCUAACUGCCUGUGCCCUGCAUGGGAUCGUGCCAGCAAAUCUCGGGCUCGACAAAAUGCCAACCAAAAGCAGGUACAAUCUGGUGGACGAUGGGCACGACCUGCGGAUCCCGCUGCACAACGAGGAGGCAUUCCAGCAUGGCAUCUGCUUCGAGGCCAAGUACAUCGGGAGUUUGGAUGUGCCGCGUCCUAACAGCAGAGUGGAGAUUGUGGCGGCCAUGAGGCGAAUACGGUAUGAAUUCAAAGCAAAGAACAUCAAGAAGAAGAAAGUCAACCUAUUGGUGUCUGUAGAUGGGGUGAAAGUGGUUCUAAAGAAGAAAAAGAAGGUGACAGACAUGUUUUCUAAGAAGGAGUGGGACUGGGAUCAAAGCAAGAUGUUGGUCAUGCAAGAUCCUAUCUACAGAAUAUUCUAUGUUUCUCAUGACUCCCAAGACCUCAAGAUCUUCAGUUACAUUGCUAGAGAUGGGUCUAGUAAUAUCUUUCGUUGCAACGUAUUCAAGUCCAAGAAAAAGAGCCAAGCCAUGCAAGUCGUGCGGACUGUAGGCCAAGCAUUUGAAGUUUGCCACAAGCUGAGUUUGCAGCACACAGAACAAGGAGGGGAUGGACGAGAGGAUGAUGAGAGUGAGAAGAGCACAGAUGACUCUGGUGUGCCAGUAACGCAUGUUGUCGCCAGUGUGGACCAUAAUGCCGAUGAGACCGAUAUUGAUGCUUUGGACAGUCCUCUGCCUGGAGACCAGCGUCCUAAGUUCAACCGUGGAGUUACAGAUUUGGAUGCUGUUAAAAAGGAGAAUGACUAUCCUGAUGAAAAGAAGGAUAAAGUUAUGGCCUCUCCCAAGAUGUUACUCCCAUCAGACAGUCGGCUGCCUCCUGGAACGCCGCUCUCUGUUCACCACCAAAUCCAGAUGCUCCAGCACCAACUGCAGCAACAACAGCAGCAGACGCAAGUUGCUGUGGCUCAGGUUCAUUUGUUGAAAGACCAGUUGUCUGCAGAAGCUGCUGCCAGGCUGGAGUCCCAGGCCAGAGUCCACCAGCUGUUGUUGCAGAACAAGGACCUGCUGCAGCACAUCUCUCUGCUCGUGAAACAAGUGCAAGAACUGGAGUACAAGUUGUCCGGAAAAAAUUCCAUGGGAUCUCAGGACAGCCUCCUUGAAAUCACCUUCCGUUCCAAUGUCCUUCCAGUGCUUUGCGAUCCUUCAACACCGAAACCGGAAGAUCUACCCCCUCUGACUGAACCCGACCCUUCCUUCCAGCUGGGCAGCCCGUUAGUUGACCAAAGCAUGUUCCAGAACUCAAAUGCCUCACCCAUGCCAAAGCUACAGCCAAGCUCUUCAUUAAGUCAGCUGACAAAAUCUACUCAGAGUAACUCUGAUCUGCCAGGAGUCAGCAUUUUAGCAGGCAGUACCCAGCACUUAAAGAACCUGGGAAAGGCAGUUGGAGCCAAAGUGAAUGAUUUUCUACGAAGAAAAGAAGCUGACCGAGGGGAUAUUGGUAUCACAGAAGUCAACAAGAACGUAGCAUCUGUGCUAGCCAACAAGGAGCGGACCCUCAGUCUUGGAGAUGAGGAAAUAUCCAAGUUUAUUGAGACUUUCCCCAGACUUGAACCACCUCCACCAGUAAUAAAAAAGAGAGUCUCCCGAGCUUUGAAGACAACUCAAGAUAUGAUGAUCUCUCCAAACCCUGUAUUGAGCAGUCCAGAAAAGCAAGUUAUUUCUCCUGCAGUUAGCUUGGAUUUAGCCAUUGAUGUCACUUCUGAAAAUGUCACUGAAAUCAGCGAUCCUCAAAUGCCCACAUGCCUUCCAAAUACAUUACCUAAUGGAAAAGCUGAAGCUGUUGUUUCAGAAUCUACAGAGAGCCAAAAUGAAGUCUUUCCGGAGAAAGCACUGUCUGUCCCUGACCUUAUUCACAAGGAGUCCUCUGACACAAAUCUUAAGGAAUCCUCUCACAACUCUGACAAAAUAGGGGUGAAAUCCUGCUCCAGCCACGAGGACCUUAUAGAAGGCCAAGGCAACCAUUCUUGGCCAAGGAAACCAACUUUAGAUAACGAGGGUCCUCAUCCAGAUCUUCUGUCAUUUGAGUAGACUGUUUUCAUUGUAAAACUUUUUAAUAGUCUCAUCACUGGACACUAGACAUAAAAGCUGGUCUAUGUGGUCUUCUUGGCCUAGGUCAUAGCUGUAUAUAUAAGGCUCUUAUGGACAAGGAUAUUGUGAUUCUGUUGUAAAACGACAUUCGUGAGAAGGAACUUCUGCACGUUACUGGUCUAUAGGUAUGCCUAUGACCGUUAUACUAUUAACCAUCUCAACAGGCUAACUAUUGGUGGAAAUAAAGGUGUCCAUACAUCUUACGUCUAUAGAGGUGAGAUGACUUUCCAUGAAGGAUGAUUUUGGGGAAAGAAGAAUCAGGCAUGUUGAAUUUUAACACCUGAUUCUAUUGUUCACAAGGGAGAUAAGCCACAACCAGAGGCGGCUGGCAGUGGCUUAUUCCCUUCUCACCACCGACAAUACCUGCAUACUAGGUUCAGCCUGGUAAAAUAGCUGUAGGCUAAAAGAGUGUUUGACCACCAGCUAUUGAUGGUGUAUGGACGCCUUAAGAGAGAACGCCAUCCAUACCUUUAUCCACAAUGUGUUUCCAUGAUGAGUUCAUCAUUAAUUGCACAUGGCAAUAGAAUAGGGUAAGUAGACCUCUGAGGGCAUUGAUGUGGAAGGUGUCAAACUUAUGUUCUUAACCCGGCCUCGCAAAUCUCAAGAGCGACUCCGUUGUCCAUAGCUGCCAAUUAGAAUCCGGGUCUCAUUUUCCAGAGGCCCUUUGGAAUCUUGACUGAGAAUGCCAUAAUUGAAAAUGGAUUUGUUUUUUUUUGUCCGGAGAAGGCAUUGUUUAACACCAGUCGUCAGAUAUAUUCACUGUUAGGUGACAUGGAAGGUAGAAUAUUUCUACAAUCGGUGACUUCAUAUGGGAGUCUAUAUAAUAGAGCUAUAAAUAUAGUAUUUCUGCAGCUUUCAGCUACGUGACAAGAAAAUCCUAUUUUUAAACCACCGCUGUGUAUCUACUGUAAUAGUGGCAUGUAAGAUCUGCGCUCAUUUAUGAAACCGACGUGUAGAACAUCUCAUUUGUUAUAUUAUAGAAGCCACGGGCCAGUAUAAAGGGAUUAAAUCCCACUAUUAACCCUUGUCACACUGCUAACAUGACUAUGUAGUUUACACUGCCCGUUUCAUCUAUGCAGCUCCCUACAUUCAUCUCUGGUCAUAUGGUAAGAAUUAGUGUUGAACG